AUGACCGAAAGAACGCCACUCGUCUCUUCAUUUUCAGACGGAACGCCGCCAUCGCAGACUCGGACAGCGAGUCGACUUCUACUACGAAUCUUCCACCUAGCAUUGAAUAUGCUCCGCUUCGCUUCACAAGUCUUGAGCUUCCUGGCCAUCUGUGUCCCAAUCGAAGCAGCAGAGACCAUAUUCUAUCCAGCCGCAGCCACAUCCUCACUGAGCYCUCCACCAACAGUCCUCCCUCGUCUGCAAUCGCCGUCCACACCUCCUGGUGAAGCUUCUUCUCUCGGACUUCCGCUCUUUUCAAAUCACUGCAWCAUAACUCCACGCGGGUCUGGCCAGGACGAUUCCUCCCAAAUUCUCGACGCAGUCUCCAGAUGCGGAAGAGAUGGACUCAUCACCCUUCCAGCUCCUUACAUCUACACCAUCUCCAAGAGAUUGCACUUCCAUCUCUCCAACUCCAGGCUAGAGAUUCUCGGGUCACUCUCGUUCCUCCCAGAUAUUGAGUACUGGAGCACUUCUUCCUUUAGGAUUGAAUACCUGGAACUAGCCACCGCGUUCAUCGUCUCGGGCGAGAAUAUCGAGAUUACAGGCGGCGGGUGGAUGAAAGGUGGAAUUGAUGGACAUGGACAAGCUUGGAUGACUCGAGCGCAAGGGAUAAGUAAUCAGCCUGGUCGUCCCAUUCCCCUCACCAUCUUCAAUGCAACGAAUGUAGUAGUCAAGGACUUCUCGAUAAGACAGCCGCAGUUCUGGGCGCUGUAUCUCCAAGACGUAAAGAACGUUACGAUAUCGGGGUUGUACGUCAACGGAACGAAUGCAGAUCCAGCCGGAAAGGGAAAGAAUUUUGAAUCAAACAUUGAUGGGGUGGAUACCCUUCGGGUAGACGGACUUGUGAUUGAAGAUAUGGUGUUCAGAGGAGGUGAUGACUGUUUGAGUUUCAAAGGGAAUACCACCAAUGUAGAGGUGAGAAAUGUUACAUGCCUGGGUGGAGGCGUGUCAUUUGGGAGUCUGGGGCAGUACAAAGACGCUGCAGACUUUGUUGAAAACGUCAACAUCGCCAACGUUACUGUCGGUACUGACAUUCGGGAGGAGACUGGUGGAUCUGGGGUCUCUGGUGGGAUAUGGUUCAAGAGCUGGCCGGGGAUUGAGCUGGAGAAAGGUGGAGGUGGACAUGGGAAGGUGAGGAAUGUCAGUGUGCAUGGCUUGAGGGUUGAAGGUGCGAAGUCGGCCGUUGGUGUGAAGAAGUGCUAUCACAAGGGAAGACUGCCGAAAGGAGUCGGUGCGUGCGAUUCGAGCACGUUGUCUUUUGAGGAGUUGAAGUUCAAGGACAUCAAAGGGACGGUAAGUGGCAAGCAUGGGAUUCGGAUGGGCUGUUCCGCUGCGGCGCCCUGCAGAGAUGUUGCGUUUGAGGAUGUGGAGUUGACUGGCCAGGGAGGAGAACAGGUCAACGGCUUUUGCAAGAAUGUGAUGGAAGUGACGGGGAAUGCUUGCAACAGGAUUCUCCCGGGGAAAAGGGUGAGAUAUAGGUAG